AUGUCGAUAAUGGAAUAUAACGGUGGCUCCGUCAUAGCCAUGGUGGGCAAAGACUGUGUCGCAAUCGCAUCCGACCUACGGCUAGGCAACCAAGCUUUGGGAAUAUCAUCGAACUUCCAGAAGAUAUUCCCAGUAACCGACCGAAUCUAUCUUGGACUACCAGGACUGGCAACAGAUGUUACGACACUACGAGAAACCUUCAGAUACAGAGUGAAUAUGUAUACCAUCAAGGAAGAACGAGAAAUCGAGCCGGAGACCUUCGCCCAUUUAGUUUCAUCUACGCUCUACGAACGUCGUUUCGGGCCCUAUUUUAUCGAACCCGUCAUGGCUGGUCUCUCAAAAUCAGCAACAGGCGGAUACAAACCUUUCAUUGCUGCAACAGAUCUCAUCGGCUGCCUGAACUUUGCGAAAGACUUUGUCGUCGCAGGAACAGCGAGCUCCAAAUUGUAUGGUGUCGCUGAGGGUUUAUGGGAGCCAGAUCUUGAUGCAGAUCAACUAUUCGAAACCAUAUCACAGACGAUUAUGAAUGCUGUCGACCGUGAUGCAUAUUCUGGUUGGGGUGUAAUCGUGCAUGUGAUUGAGAAAGACAAGGUUACCAGUCGUACAUUGAAAGGAAGAAUGGAUUAG